UGUUCCGAGGUCUCAGCUCGACCUUCCAACACCAGCACGAGGACGUCUCAUCUCAACCGUCGGCAUGAACUCGCUUCUCCGCCGCGCGCUCUCUGCCCCCUCUCCGCCGGCGCGUCUGCAGAGAGCGCUCCUCUCGGCGCCUCUCUCUCCUCCGCCGGCAGGCCCUCCCCAGCCAUGCCGCCCCUCCGCGCCGCAGCCGCUGGAGCCACCGAGGCAGCGAGCGUUCCACGCCUCCCCUGGACCCCUGGGGUUCAGGUCCACCACCCCCGCUCCGUGGCCCGGGACAGUCUCGGAGGCCGGCGCGGCAGCGGGGGAGGACGGGCUGGAGGUCGCGAGGCUGGGGAUCUCGCCGCGUAUUGUGGAGAGACUCGCCGCGCGGGGCAUCACCAGGCUCUUCCCCAUCCAGAGAGCUGUUCUUGAACCAGCAAUGCAAGGGAAAGACAUGAUUGGCCGUGCUCGAACUGGAACUGGAAAAACCUUAGCUUUUGGCAUUCCUAUCAUGGACAGGAUUCUUCGUCACAACGAGAAGAAUGGAAGCGGUAGAAAUCCUUUAGCCAUCAUCUUGGCACCUACUCGAGAACUCGCUCGACAAGUUGAGAAGGAAUUUAGAGAAUCUGCUCCAUUAGACACUCUUUGUGUCUAUGGAGGUGUUCCCAUCAGUCAGCAAAUGAGAACUCUUAAUUAUGGUGUUGACGUUGUGGUUGGAACUCCAGGGCGUGUUAUUGAUCUUUUGAGAAGAGGUGUUCUAAACUUAUCAGAGAUCCAAUUUGUGGUUCUGGAUGAAGCUGAUCAGAUGCUGGCUGUGGGUUUUGAUGAAGCUGUUGAGGUGAUCAUGGAGAAGCUGCCACAAAACCGACAAAGUAUGCUGUUCUCUGCAACAAUGCCUAGUUGGAUCAGAAAACUUACAAACCAAUACUUAAAAGAUCCAGUAAUAAUUGACCUUGUUGGUGACUCAGAACAGAAAUUACCUGAAGGAAUCUCUCUUUAUUCAAUUGUAUCUGAGAACUAUGGGAAGUCCUCCAUUCUUGGUCCAUUGAUUAAAGAGCAUGCUGAUGGUGGGAAGUGCAUUGUAUUUACUCAAACUAAACGAGAAGCAGAUAGAUUGGCAUAUGCCAUGGGCAGGAGUUAUGCAUGUCAGGCGCUGCAUGGAGAUAUCUCACAAAAUCAGAGAGAAAGGACACUCUCAGGAUUUCGAGAUGGCCGCUUUAACAUCCUUGUAGCAACUGAUGUUGCAGCCCGUGGAUUAGACAUACCCAAUGUUGAUCUAGUGGUACAUUAUGAAAUCCCAAACUCGUCAGAGUUAUUUGUUCACAGAUCUGGGCGAACUGCACGAGCAGGGAAGAAAGGCAUUGCCAUUCUAAUGUACACAUAUGAACAAAGUAGAACUGUAAAGGGCAUCGAGCAGGAUAUAGGAUGCAGGUUCACAGAGCUUCCCAAGGUUGCAGCUACAGACGAAGCUGCGGAGCUGUUUAACGUUAUGAGAGACACUCGCUCUAGAUCAGUUGGAACCAGAAGAAGUGGUGGUUCCUCUUUCAGCCAUUACGGUGGCUUUGGCGAACGCCACUCCCGUGGCUUUGGUGAAUUUGACAGCUUUGGCGGUACCCCUAAUCGUGCUGGGUGGUCUGCAGAUGCGGGUUCAAGAUACCGUGGCGGGUUUGGGGAUUCUCGACAAUCUUCUCAACCAUCCAAUGGCUUUGGCAGGUCCAGCGGGUUUGGAGAUUCUCGGCGAGGUCCUCAAACUUCUAAUGGCUUUGGCAGGUCUAGCUUCAAUCGCUCAGGUGGAUUUGGCGACUUUGGAGAAGGCAACAGCAGAGGUGGUAACUCGGAGUUUCGUUUCACCAGGAGAUCCGAUGAUUCAGACCCUUCACGGUAUGGCAGAAGCUCUAAUGGUUUUGGCACCUCUGAUUUCGGCAGACCAGGCAGCAGUAAGGAUUAACCAUCGGGUCAGAGGAUUUAACUGUGUACAGCUCCGAUGAGCCUUUGGACCACUAGUGUUUUUCUUGCAUGAAUAAGUUUACCAAUCUCUCUGUGUAGUUCGUUUGUAUGUUGGGUUGUUUGAGAAACAUGUAUGCUCUGUGAAUAUUUGUGAUGCUUUUUAGGGCAGAAUAAUUGGGAUGCAUGUCUCUGGUACUCGUUGUAUUUCAUGGGAAAAAAACUCAUCUUCUGCCCCCUCAUGAAAGUUUGGGCUGGGCGCCAGUUCCCUGAAA